UGCUGAAAAAGACGACCGCUGGCAGCACACGCAACAGCAUUCUGAUUUAUCAAAUAUAACAACUUCUCUGGAAUUGAGAGAUACUAUUUCUCUCCGAAGUGAAUUUAAAAUGGAUGAAAUGGAAGAAGAAUUAAAAUGUCCUGUCUGCGGAUCUUUUUUCCGGGAGCCGAUCCUUCUACCGUGCUCCCACAACAUCUGCCUGGCUUGCGCUCGGAAUAUCCUAGUACAGACACCUGACGCCGAAUCUCCACAGAGUAGCCGUGCGUCUGGCUCGGGGCUAUCUGAUUAUGACUAUCUAGACCUGGAUAAAAUGAGCUUGUACAGCGAGGCGGACAGUGGAUAUGGCUCCUAUGGUGGAUUCGUAAGUGCCCCGACCACCCCUUGCCAGAAAUCCCCAAAUGGUGUGCGUGUAUUCCCCCCUGCCGUCCCCCAACCUCCUGCUCAGCACCACUUACUAGGACACCAGGGCUCUCUACCCCCUAUCCCCCGGAACUCCUGCAUCACCUGCCCGCAAUGCCAUCGCAGCCUCAACCUGGACGAAAGGGGGCUCCGCGGGUUUGCCAAGAACCGGGUGCUGGAAGGGGUUGUGGACCGGUACCAGCAGAGCAAAGCAGCCGCCCUCAAGUGUCAGCUCUGCGAGAAGAGUCCCAAAGAGGCCACUGUGAUGUGCGAGCAAUGUGACGUGUUCUACUGUGACCCUUGUCGCUUGAGGUGCCACCCCCCUCGAGGUCCGCUAGCCAAGCAUCGCCUCGUGCCCCCGGCGCACGGCCGGGUAAACCGUCGGACAAGUCCCCGGAAGAUCUCUACCUGUACAGAGCACGAACUGGAGAACCUGAGCAUGUACUGUGUUCAGUGCAAGAUGCCAGUGUGUUACCAGUGUUUAGAGGAAGGGAAACAUGGGACACAUGAAGUCAAGGCUCUGGGAGCUAUGUGGAAACUCCACAAGGGCCAGCUGUCCCAGGCCCUCAACAUCCUGUCUGACAGAGCUACGGAGGCCAAGGAGUUCCUGGUUCAGCUGAGGAACAUGGUGCAGCACAUCCAGGAGAACGGUGUGGAGUUCGAAGCCUGUCUGGUGGCGCAGUGUGACGCCCUCAUCGAUGCCCUGAACCGACGCAAGGCCCAGCUGUUGACCCGCGUCAACAAGGAGCAUGAGCACAAGCUGAAGGUGGUGAGGGAUCAAAUAUCUCAUUGUACAGUGAAGCUGCGCCAGACAACAGGACUGAUGGAAUACUGUGUGGAGGUCAUCAAGGAGAACGACCCCAGCGGGUUCCUACAGAUCUCAGACGCCCUGAUCAGGAGGGUGCACAUGACGGAGGGCCAGUGGGGGAAGGGAACCCUGACCCCCAGGAUGACCAGUGACUUUGACCUGACCCUGGACAGCGGACCCCUGUUACAGACCAUCCACCAACUAGACUUUGUACAGAUGAAAGUCCCAGCAGCCCCCAUGCUCCAGCUGGAGGAGUGCUGCACCAUCAACAACAGCGCCACGUUGUCAUGGAAACAGCCACCUCUCUCCACCAUCGCCGUGGAUGGAUACAUCCUGGAGCUGGACGACGGCAACGGGGGACAGUACAGGGAAGUGUACGUGGGGACGGAGACGAUCUGCACGGUGGAUGGACUCCACUACAACAGCACCUACAUGUCCAGGGUCAAAGCCUUCAACGCCAGCGGUGUGGGACAGUACAGCAAGAUACUGGCCAUGCAGACCUCCGAGAUUGCCUGGUUCACCUUUGACCCCACGUCAGCCCACCCUGACAUCAUCCUCUCCAACGACAACCUGACAGUGACGUGCAACAGCUACGAUGACAGGGUGGUCAUGGGUAAUUCAGGCUUCUCCCGCGGUGUGCACUACUGGGAGAUCACGGUGGAUCGCUACGACAACCACCCGGACCCUGCGUUUGGGGUUGCCCGCGGCGACGUGCUGAAGGACGUGAUGCUGGGGAAAGACGACAGGGCCUGGGCCAUGUACGUGGACAACAACCGCUCCUGGUUCAUGCACAACAACUCACACACCAACAGGACGGACGGGGGCGUCAGUAAAGGGGCUACAGUGGGAGUGUUGUUAGACUUCACCAGAAGGGUCCUCAUCUUCCUCAUCAACGACGAACAGCAGGGUCCUGUGGCCUUCGAAGGCAUCGAGGGGCUCUACUACCCUGCUAUCAGCCUCAACCGAAACGUACAGGUGACCCUGCACACCGGCCUGCCCAUUCCUGACUUCUAUACUCCAGGGGAAGCAGACCUGUCUGGCUCAGUGUGUUAAGGAGUUGACUCAGCACUGCAGUGAAGCAAGACAAGACAAGGGGCUACGUCCCAAAUGGCACACUAUAGUGCACCCUAUUCCCUUCAUAGUGCACAGGGCUCAUAGAGCUCUGGUCAAACGUAGUGCAUUAUAUAUCGGGAAUAGGGUGCCAUUUGAGACUCAGGGAAUGGCAACAAGCUGCUCACCUUCUGGGCUCUCUAAGUGUGGAUCCCAAAUGGCACCCUAGUCCCUGUAUAGUGCACUGCUCUUAGCUAGACUCAUGCUAAAAAGUAGUCUGCUGUAUAAGGAAUAUAGGGUUCCGUUUAGUGCUCGUUUAACUCACAGCCAUGUACACAACACCACAUCCCUAUUCCCUAGCUUCUAUAGACCAACCGGGCCCGUUGUCAGGCGUCAGACAGCGCAACCGUCGCCUGUUGAUCGCAGGACCAGCGUUGGGUUGGAGUGACGUCAGAGUCUGACGCAAGACAAUGUUCCUGCCCUCUACAGACCACUGGACGGUCCGGACCCAUAGGCUUGACUGUACAGUACAAGAUACUCUCAAUACCCAGCCAUACAGAUACUGUACAAACUUACUGAGCCAUCAACACCCAACUCUCAAUACCCAGCCAUACAGUUACUGUACAAACUUACUGAGCCAUCAACACCCAACUCUCAAUACCCAGCCAUACAGCUACUGUACAAACUUACUGAGCCAUCAACACCCAACUCUCAAUACCCAGCCAUACAGUUACUGUACAAACUUACUGAGCCAUCAACACCCAACUCUCAAUACCCAGCCAUAUAGCUACUGUACAAACUUACUGAGCCAUCAACACCCAACUCUCAAUACCCAGCCAUACAGCUAGCUACUGUACAAACUUACUCAGCCAUCAACACCCAACUCUCAACUGGAAAUGGAACUCUGAUUUGGCUUAAUUAUUAUGAUUGGUUGAAAAGUGAACUAGAUUCAUCCAUCUAACCAAUCCAAGAAGACUACUUACUGCUCAUCACCAGACUCUAGAACCCCUCUAGACUCUAGAAUCCUGCCCUGUUAGUUCUGGUUCUAGAUCUCUGAAGAAGACAACAUAUUAUGUCAUCAUAGAACCUUUAACUUUAGACAUUCUCUGUCUCUCUGUCUCUCUCUGUCUUUGUCUCUCUCUGUCUCUCGCUCUGUCUCUUGCUCUCUCUCUGUCACUCUCUCAGCAACACACACACACACACACAACGACCCUGUUACCAUAGUCUGUACAAACCAUUUCUCCACACUAACAUUUCAACAGAAUCCUUGUCCAACCAAACCCACAUACAUGAGACUGCAGAAUGGAACAGGAGUGGAUGACCCUUGAUGACAGUCAGGGGAGCAGAAGAGGACACUCAUCUACCUGCUGAAGAGGCCCGCUGGGCCAAAACUGGUUGAAUCCACGUUGUUUCCACGUCAUUUCAACCCAAAAAAUUCAAUGUGAUGAAGUUGAAUCAACGCAAAAAAAAACUGAUUGGAUUUGAAACAGAGUAGUCAACGUAAGGGAAUUCUGUCAUUUCUUUCACCAAACUUGUAACUUCAAUCCAAUGACAUGCUGACAUUUUGUUGUUGAUUUCACGUUAGUUGACAAGUCAACCAAAUGUAUAUCAAAACUAGUGUCUGUUCCCAGUGGGGGAGGACUGGCUGACGGACGUAAUGAUCCCUGACAGAAAGCAAUAGGGUGAGUUCCAAAUAGCACCCUACUCCCUUUGUAGUGCACUACAAUAUACCAGGGCCCAUAAGGUAGUGCACUACUGUUGACCAGGGCCCAAUAGGUAGUGCACUAAUAUUGACCAGGGCC